AUGGCUGAAGGUGGGACUGUUCGACCUACUUUGCGUGACUUAUUUGGCGAUUACGUGCUCAAAGGCGAUAUGUUGGAGCGCAUCGACAUUGAUAAACUCGGAGGCGACGAAAAAGUGAUUGGCGUUGUGCUCCUUGCCAGACAUUUCCAGCCUCAGUUGAUAACAGUUUAUGAAGCACUAAAAGCUAAAGGAGAGAAAUUUGAAAUCAUCUUUGCCAGCUCUGAUCGCAGUGAAGGAAUGGCUCGUCUCAUAUUGGAACCAAUAUCAGAGGCUUAUCAUAAGACAUUAGAUGACAGAAAUGCAGCUAAAGCAAGGAAAGAGCUCAUACACUUUUAUUUUGGGAGUGCUACAAGUGAUGAUGAUGUUGGAGAACAGUUGCGUCAGUUUGCCGAACUUCCUGAUCAGUUGCCAUUGGUAGUGAUAUUGGAUGUUCCUAAUCAGAGCAAUGCUCACUGGUGUCCUCCAUGUCGUGUCUUUACACCAAACUUAAUAGAUUGGUACACAAGAUUAAGAGAAGGUGUUGCUAAAGACAAGCUUGAGAUUGUAUAUAUUAGUUUAGAUAAAGAUGAGAAGACAUUUGAUGAAUACUAUGAGACAAUGCCUUGGUUAGCUUUACCUUACAAGUACAGAGAAAGAGAG